AUGUUUUUAUAUAAACCAAAGGUAAUUUCUACUACCCCUUCAAAUGAAAAAGAAGAAACCAUCAACUCAGUUUCUGAAGAAAUCUAUCAAAGACUUUAUGGAAGACGUCUUUCUUCAUGCUCUUUUAGAGAGGAGAAAAUUGAAAAUAAUUUAUAUACACUCCCUCAAAAUGAAGAACUUGAGUUAAGAUGUUUAUCAAAAGAAACAGAUUAUUGCAAACAUAAGCUCAAAAUCAAAAUUCAAAAUGAGACAUUGUUUUAUUUAUAUAACAAUUUAUGGUAUAAAACAAUGUUUCAAAUUAAACGUGAUGAAGACAUCAAACAAUGGGAAGAUGUUAAAGAUGGUGAAGUAAUCAUUACUUCUCAAAGGUUUGUCUUUGUUUCUAAUUCUUGUGAAACAAAGCAAAGUGUAUAUGAUAUUCCUCUUGGGGUUUUAUUUUCAUUAUCAAAUUCAAAUGGAUACAUUACAAUUGAAUUAAACCCUUUCUAUUCUUCAUUGUAUAAUGAUAAUAUUUGUUUCCAAGCCAGUAGGUCAGUGUGUGAUACCAUUUCAACAGAAAUUACUAAUAUUCGUUUCGGUAUUGGUUUUGGACAAGAAUCAAAAACUGCUUUCAUUCAAAAUACAGAAAGAUAUGAUCAAGAGUUAUAUUAUAAUCCAAAUUCUAAAUAUUUCAGAGUAUAUAAAAAUGAUGAUUAUGAACUAUGUGAUACUUAUCCAAAAAAUUUACUUGUUCCAGUUAAAAUUACAGAUGAUAUUAUUAAGAAAUGUGCUGAAUUUAGAUCAAAAAGAAGAAUACCAAUUUGUACUUAUUUUAAUCAAAUUACUCAUGGAGCUAUAUAUCGAUGCUCUCAACCACUAGUAGCUAAUUCUUCAUAUUUUAUUGGAGUAAUAAAAGAUAGUGUUUCAAAAGAAGAUCAAGAAUUUUUAUCAGAGAUUAGAACUAUAGGUAAAAAUGAUAGUGCUAUUUUAUACAUUUUUGAUUGUAGACCAGUAACAAAUGCAUAUGCAAAUAGAGUAAACGGUGGAGGAUAUGAAAACACAAGUGUAUACAAAAAGACUCAACUUAAGUUCUUAAAUAUACCUAAUAUUCAUACUGUUGUUGACUGUUUUAUUAAAAUGAGAAACGCUCUCUUUAAUCGUGACAUUCUUACACCUCUUUCAUAUUAUCGAGAUACAUCAGAAUGGUUAGAUCUUUUGUUUGGAUUAGUAAAUUCUGUAAUUGAUGUUGUUUCUCUUGUCCAAAAAGGAGAGACAAUCUUGGUUCAUUGUAGUGAUGGAUGGGAUCGAACAGCCCAAAUAUCAUCUUUAUGUAGAUUAAUUCUCAGUAAAGAAUAUAGAACAACUAAAGGAUUUUGUGAUUUGAUAUAUCAAGAAUGGAUAUCUUCUGGUCAUCAAUUCCAAAAGAGACUUCAUAACAAAACAAAUGAAAAUUCCCCUGUUUUUCUUCAAUUUAUUGAAAUUACUGCUCUUUUUUUGAGACAUUCACCACAGGCAUUUCAAUUUAAAGAAGAUUUAUUGAUAAAAAUAGCAGAAGAAGCAACAUGUCCAACAACAAUAACAUUUGUUCGUAAUUGUGAAAAGGAAAGAAGUGCUUUAAAUUGUGAUAGAUAUUUAGAAUUCUUCACUCAAGAAUUAAAACAUUAUCCAAUAUCUUUUGACUAUAAUAAAUUAGAGUCAAUUGACUUAAAUUUUAAUGCACAUGAAUAUGUUGUAUGGAAUAAAUAUUAUUUACGUGAAACAAAAGUUAUCAUUCAUUAA